AAGACGACUACAGGUAGCGCGCAUAAUCGUUAAUCAUCUUGUUGUACCUCACCUUCCGUGAAAGCUCCACUCCCGGGCCUUAAUCAUUAAUGCCCGGGAGUGGUGAGGUAUGACAAGAGAGCGUGAGGGACGCCCAGAUGUAGUAAUAGGUCUCCAGCCUCUCAAACCCCCUUCGGUGUAUCUUUGUGCUGCUUAGUCGGCGGUGAAUGGAACUCGAAGGGCCAAAUCUCCUCUAUUCUGUAAUCGCCUUCCCAGCUCUCGGGAAUCCAAACGCUCGGCAUCUGUGGACAGGUUUUACAUACUGAGGUCUUGUCCCAGUUUCAUACAAAGCCGGCGUACAACCCUUGAGGAGAAUGUGAAGAUACGACGCUGAUCCAGCUUUUCUAAUGAGGUAGAAAGGAAUCCUCGGCGCUUCGAGGCUUACAAGGACAAUCUGCUUGGCUGCCUCUGGCAAAACGAGGAUGGCGCCGUACUCAAGAAAUGUAUGAGAGGACCGCAUCUCUCGACGAUUUUCCUAAGAACGGGAUAUGGACACAUUGACGUUCACUCCAGCGCUACUCGCACGAGCAGAGCUGCUGAAGCGAAUCGUCGGGGGAAACUGCAAGGCUGUAGCAUCGAGGGCAAAGUAUGCUGCUGCGUACAGGAAACAACAUCCCCGACGACUGCUCGUCUCUGUUCAAGAGUCCGUGAAGACCAGUCCACAUGCGCCAUUCCUGGAACUGAUUGGCCUUUUCGAGGGGGUGCGCUUCGAGCUUUACUCCUCCAUCGGGACAAAUGGCGGUCGGUCCAGUGCAAGCGCCGACUUGAAAGACGUCGGCGGGGGCGACGACCCUCUUGGAAAUGAGCAGCAGAGUUACUCGAAGGCAGCGAUUUCUGACGAGAAGCAGAAGGUAAGCAGCUGCACCGACGAUGUCGAACCGAGAGCAAGAGGCAGACGGGGCCAUCGAGAGCAAGAGUCUGAAGAGGAAUCAUCAACAAGCAGCGGGGGCGAAUUCCCGAGAGCUAGGACUGUGGUUAGAGGUGCGGGUCGCUCAAGGGACGAAGAGAAGCAGACGACGCAGUGUCAGUGGAACGACGUGGAGGACGAGAAAUUCAUGCUGGAGGCGCUGCUGGAGGCCAAGAAGGCCGCCAGUCUCGGGGAGGUGCCCGUGGGCGCCGUCGUCGUGCAGAACGGGAGAAUCAUCGCGCGAGCGUUCAACCGAGUGGAAGCGGAGGGAGAUCCCACCGCACACGCGGAAAUGCUGUGCAUCCGCAGCGCGUCGAAGACGAACGGCGACUGGCGCCUCACCGAUGCGAGCAUCUACGUGACGAUGGAGCCGUGCGCCAUGUGCGCGGGCGCUCUGCUGCAAGCCAGGGUGAAGAGAGUGGUGUGGGGCGCGCGCAACAAGCUCCUCGGUGCCGACGGGAGCUGGGUCAGUCUGUUCCCCAACUGCGAAUCACAUGUCGAUGGAGAAGCAGAACAAUCUUCCUUGCAGCAGCAGCAGCAUCCCUUCCAUAAAUCUGUGGAAGUGCGUCGAGAAGUUCUUUCCGAUGAUUGUUCCAUGAUCAUGCGUACAUUCUUCCGGUCGAGAAGAAAGGACGAAGCUCCUAAUGCCAAGAAGAAGCCAUGGUGGCUGUCGUUUGAAGUUUGGGUUCUCUUCAGAAGACUUCUAGGCUAGCUAAACCUUCGCGGCAGAAUUGGAAUUGGAAAUUGAAUCCUUGAAUCUG